CCAAGGCUUCGUUUGAGUCGCAGGCCUCAGCGCUGCGGAAGCCAACUUGGCAGCCUGGACGAAAGACGGUGAAGGAGUUGGAGGCCGAGUAUAAUGAUGAGGACGACGAUGUGCCGGAUGAGGCCAUCUUGGAAAAUGUGCCUGUGUCUCCUCAGCCGGGUCACUAUGCCACACUGAAAUCGCCCUCAACAACCGCAGCUGGCCAACGGUCGACGACGCCUAGUCCGCAUCGGAGACCAUACGGCCACUUGCAUUCUGCGAACAUUCCAAAGGGUGCGAAACGACCUUCUGCUCCUCCGCCACCGAAUCAGUACAUCUCGCCGCGAUCACCGAAAAAUGGCAGGCCGCCCAUGAUGCCACAUUCCGCGACCGUCUCCUCACUCCCGUCCCAUUCGAUACACCGAAAAGAACGUAGCAAGUCGUGGACUGAAGAUCUGAACGCGGAGGCGCGAGAACUGUCACAGAAAUUGGAAGAAUAUGCGGAAGGAUUAUCGACGGGCAGACGUAGUCUUCCAAACUCCAGAAUGAACAGCGCUGCGAUCAGUCCGCCACGCGUCGGCGACGUCAAAACCUUGCAAAGAUCGAAGACGAGCAUUACAGAGAUACCCGCACCGAUACCUAGUACACUGCCGCCGCUGCAGAAGGGCAACAUCAUGAUCGAUCCGCUGCCGAUCAGCAAAGAGAAAGAGGCAGUGUUGUCGCGGACAAGACCUUCUUGGCUACCUCCCAAAAGCCAAAAAGAGGAGCGCAAACAUCUGAAGGAGUUCCAGCAGAUGAUGGCACGCGCAGCGGAGGCCGAGAAGAAGCGUGCCUUGAAAGAGCAAGAAAAUCGCGAAAAUAAGGAGGAGAUGCAGGGCAGCAUAGCGCGGAUCUGGGACCAGCACGUCCUGCCAAACUGGGAUGCGGUUGUGAAAGAGCCGCGAACGAGAGAACUCUGGUGGCGAGGCGUUACUCCUCGAUCACGAGGCGAAGUCUGGCAAAAAGCCAUUGGCAACGAGCUCGAGUUGACACCAGCAUCAUUCGAAGCCGCCUUGAGUCGCGCUCACGCUCUUGAGGACAAGAUCAGAGAAAUGCCUCCCGAGGAGCGCGCAGCAUCAAAGGAAGCAGCCUGGAUGGAUGCCAUUAGCCGCGAUGUGCCGAACACACUCCCUGAAACGAAAAUGUACUCCAAUCCAUCCGCUCCUCUCCACCAGAGCCUCACAAACGUCCUCAAAGCCUACGCCAUGUACCGCAGCGACGUCGGCUACGUCUACGGAACCCACCUCAUCGCAGGCACCAUCUGCCUUAUCCUCCCUCCGCCACAAGCCUUCGUCCUCCUCGCCAACAUGCUCAACCGACCCCUCCCCCUCGCCUUCCUCGUCCACGACCAACCCGCCAUGCAAAGAACCUACGACUUGACCCUCCAAACCCUGAAAUACAAAUUCACAAAACUCCACGAUCACCUCACUUCGCCACAACUCGGCAUGACACCCGAAGAAUAUCUCGACCCCAUCUUCCGCUGCUUGUUCGCGUAUAAUCUACCGCACGAGCACGUGAGUCGAAUAUGGGAUAUUUUCGUUUUCGAAGGCGACAAGACGCUGAUCCGAGCCGCGGUCGCGGUUUUGGGACGAUUGGAGAGUAAACUCUACACAAAUCGUGAGGAGGUUUCGCAAUUGAUCGGCUGGAGGAAUGAGAAUCUCUGGGAUGUGGGAAGUGAGGAUGAAUUCGUGAGUUGUGUGAGGGAGGCGGGGAAGGUUGAGGGGAAUGGGAAUGGAAUCGGGAAUUAGGAGGGUGAUGAUGAUCCGUUCUUCGUAACUCCCGAGGAGAGGAGGAUUGAGAGUGGCAGUGGCAGAAAUUGGUUGAGGUCAAGAGUGAGUUUGAGGGGGAGCGUGUUACGACACUGAGGAGCCUCGUUUUUUGCAUACAAGCGGUUGGGUUCUUUGGGACAGGAAGAGCGCUUUUUGGAGUUUUUUUUCUCCGCGGGGGGGGGGGGGGGGGCAUAGAACACUUGCACAGAUGCUGCUACUGCUACUGCAAUUGCAGCUUACUGUUUAUUAGUACUCACGAGACACAAGAGGAACCUGGGAAGAAGAAGUG